AUGCACGCCUCCGCGCGCCCCAAUCUCGCCGCUCCUCCCGGACCGGCGGCGUCUCCACGUCGUCGCGCGCACCGCCUGCGCACGACUCCGUCCACUACGAUCCGAGCGGUCGCGGCCGAGUCCCUGACGCGCGUCGCCCCGGAGCAGGAGUGGCCAGCUGGCGAUCGGCUCGCCUUCUCGAGGCCCCCCGGGGUAAACCGUCAGCUCGCCCCUCCCGGAGCGUGCCCCGUCGUGGUGUGCCCCGGGUUCGGAAAUAACUCCACCGACUACCUCGCGCCCUUCGGCGACCCGAGCAGCAGCCUCGCCGCGUCGCUGAGGGCGAGGGGCUUCGACGUCUUCGUCGUCGACGUCGAGCGCAAGGAUUGGGCGAAGAUCCUGGGCGGCCUGCUCUCCGUCGGGUUCUGGACGCAGAAAUCCACGAGCGAUCCGGCGUACACGUGGUACAUCGAGCGACUCGACGCGACGGUGCGCGAGGCGCUCGCGGCGCACCCAGGCGCGACGCAGGUGGACCUGGUGUGCCACAGCGCGGGCGGUUGGUUGGCGAGAGCGUACCUCGGCGGAGCUCUGAACGAGGUAAACUGGAACAGCGCGGCGCGGCGGCUCAAGGGAAACGCCAAGGAGGGCGACGCCGUCCCACCGAAGCACCCGACGCCGCAUCCGUCGGUGCGAAGGAUCGUCACCCUCGGUUCUCCGCACCUCGCGCCUCCGCCCGGCGCCAACGACGCGACGAGGGGCGUCCUUCGGUGGGUCAACGACGAGUGGCCGGGCGCGUUCUACGAGAGCGCGGGGGUCAGGUACCACUGCGUCACGGGCCGGGCGGUGAGGGGCGUCGCGGGCCCGGACGCCAAGGGCACGCUGCCCGGGUACGCGUGCGGCUCGUACGCGCAGGUGUGCGGCGAGGGGGGCGGCGUCGAGGGGGACGCCGUGGUACCAAACGAAUUCGCCGUGCUCGAGGGCGCGAGCUCGAACUUGGUCAUCGACGGAUGCUUCCAUUCGAUGUCGAGGGUGGGGACGUACGACGAGCCGGCGAAGGACGCGUGGUACGGCAGCGAGGAGGUCGUGGACCUGUGGCUCGAGUACUUGGUGCGAAUCUAG